UUGUCUAGGCACGCUUUCUUAGGUCACACUGCCGAAGGGACGCGCUUCGCUGGACGCUGAGGAAUUUGAGACAUGUGACACUGUGCCUUUCCUUGCGAAACUGUCACACGAACGGCACAGUUCUUCGUCUGGCAGAAAAAGCAAGUUAUUAAACGUGUGUGUGGUGGACUGUGCUCGUGUUUAUAUGCACAACGCUUAACUUUCGCACAGCGAGGGAGAUUGUAAACUGGCAUUUUAUUUAUUCCUCAUCAGAGGUGUCUGACAGCUUGUUCCAUCAUCAGAUUACGCUCGUAGGAAGAUCAGUGUUAUACAGCUUCUUUCAGAAAAAUAACUUUCUACCGCAGGUUUGUUAAUCUGUCUGGAUGAGCAGUUUCUUCCUCAGACAACAAGCAAACACGCGAGAUCCCAUUAAGGAAAUAUACGCCCUCGGUUAUUGGAUACGUCCGCAGCCAAAGGAUUUUCAGUCUUGUUGGACUAUGGGAGAGCACCUCUGGAAAUGGGUCAUCAGAAUACAGCUCUAGCACUCAACCAGUACUGACUGCACUUCAAACAGCAAAAGGAAAAACAGAAAUGGAUGAAGUAUUAAGAUGAGAAGGUCUCGGUACAACCUCGUGCUAUUCUCAUCUGAAAAGAUACCCAGUACCAGUUCGCUGAUCAACUGGUAUAAGAACCUCCUCCACUACUUCGGUGUGCGUUGAGGUAACAUCGUAACCCGCCUCCAGGCUGUGCGGAAAAGGAAGCAGACGAUAGGAGUUCCAGGCCCCACCAUGAGGUGGAUAUCGUCUCAUGCGGACUGCUUUAUGAUGUUGGUAGCUGUCUUCUUCGCUGCGCUGCACCAGGCGCGUGGCUCCGGAGUCUUCGAGCUGCGUCUCAAGUCGUUCGUGAACGACUACGGCAAGGACAGUGUGGGCCAGUGCUGCAGCGGCGCGCGGCCCGUGCCCCCGGCGUCCACGUGUCCCGGACAGUGCCGGACCAGGUUCCGAGUCUGCCUGAAGCACUACCAGGCCAACAUCGACACCACGUCUCCCUGCACGUUCGGCGACGUGACGACGCCCGUGCUCGGCGACAACUCCGUCUUCCUGGACGACCUCUCGCCGCCCGGAUUCACCAACCCCAUCCGCUUCCCGUUCGACUUCACGUGGCCGGGGACUUUCUCGCUGAUAGUGGAGGCUCUGCACGAUAACGAGACGUCGAGAAGCGGAGGCCAGACACUGAUCGCGCGGCUGACGACGCAGAGGUGGUUGGACGUGUCUGCUGAGUGGACGCAGGACGAGCAUCGGUCUGCCCACUCGGUGAUGCGCUACGAGUACCGCGUCACCUGCGACCCGCAUUACUACGGGCCAGGCUGCGUCACCCUGUGUCGCCCGCGGGACGACAACUUCGGCCACUGGACGUGCUCCACCGAAGGCCAACGGGUCUGCCUCGUGGGCUGGCAGGGCGAUUACUGCCUAAAGCCGCGCUGUCUUCCUGGGUGUGAUGAGCAGCACGGACAUUGCACGAAGCCCAACGAGUGCCUGUGCCACAGUGGCUGGAAGGGCCCCCUGUGUGACCAGUGCGAGCGCUACCCGGGCUGCCUACACGGCACCUGCCAGAAACCGUGGGACUGCCUGUGCAAUGAAGGCUGGGGCGGGCUCUUCUGCAACCAGGAUCUUAAUUACUGCACCAACCACAAGCCGUGCCGGCACGGCGGAACCUGCUUCAACACGGGCCAGGGCUCGUACACGUGCUCCUGCCCACCCGGCUACACGGGCACCGACUGUGAGCGCCAGCUGGAUGACUGUGCCCACCACCCUUGCCAGAAUGGUGGAACUUGCAGGGAGAACGGAACUGGGAGCUUCCGCUGCGACUGCCGAAAAGGGUGGCACGGCCCGCAUUGCGAGACGUCGGCACAGACGUGUGACAACGAGCCCUGCCGCAACGGCGCCACGUGCUCCGACACGGCACAGGGCUACCGUUGCCAGUGCCCUCCCGGCUACGACGGCGUCGACUGUGAGCACCAGAUUGACGAGUGUGCCUCUGCGCCCUGCCUCAACAAUGGUAGCUGUGUCGACCGCAUCGCCGGCUUCGACUGCAACUGUCCUGUCGGGUUCUCUGGCAAGCGCUGUGAGAUCAACAUUGAUGACUGCAAGGGCAAUCCGUGCCUCAACGGUGGCACUUGCAUCGACAUGGUGAAUCAGUUCCGGUGCCAGUGUGUGCCGGGCUACGUGGACUCACUGUGCCAGAACAAGGUGGACUACUGCCGGACCAAGCCGUGUGCCAAUGGUGGCACCUGCACUGAUCUGCUCAACGACUAUCGCUGCGCCUGCCGGCCCGGAUUCACUGCGAAGGACUGUAGUGUCGAGGUGGACGAGUGCAAGUCGAGCCCCUGCCUCAACGGUGGCACCUGUAUCAACAGGGUGAACGCGUUCCAGUGCCGCUGCCCCGAGGGCUUCCACGGACCUGUGUGUGGUGACGAGGGCACGGCAGAUGAGCAUCAGGUGGUGCCUCCACCUCCACCACCUGCUGUGCCGUCGACGUCUGCACCGGCCGAGUCAGCCGCCGUGUGGAACGCUGCCAACAGCUCGCACCACCGCCAGGUGGAGAGUCAAGAUGGUGGUGGCCUGUCACCGGAGCACGUUGUUGUGAUCGCGACCAUCUCGACGGCAGUGCCACUGCUUGUGCUGGUGGCUGCUGUGGUUGUCAUGUGCAUGAAGCAGCGCCAGAAACGCGAGCAGCAGAAGGCAGACGAUGAAGCGCGCAUGCAAAAUGAGCAAAAUGCCGUUCACAGCUCGAUGGCAAAGCGUGCGGGCCCUGGUGAUGCGCACAUGAUAAAGAAUACCUGGGACAAGUGCUGCAACAAUGUGGUUGCUGCGAACACGGCGCCUUCUCCAGAGGACGGUGGUGGGGGUGGCGGUGGCGGCGGUGGCGGCUCGACAGUGCCCAACAUCGUCAGUGUGAGUGCUGGUGUGGACAGUGAUUUGUGCUACCCCAAGGCACAGGUAGUGGACAAUGGCGGGCCUGUGUACACGUUACACAGGACGAGGUCGCAAAAACAGUUAAAUACGGACGCAGCAGCUAACCGCAGAACGUCGGCUCUGCUCAAUGUAACCAGCAGCGCAAAGCUGGAGAAAGACUUUGACAACCUGUGUCCCAGUGCGAGGACAUCUGUGACGGCGGAAAAGAGGAUAUCUGUUCUGUCCGUCGACUCGUCGCUUUGCAAUGCGAGUGACCCCGCGUUGACAAAGCGAACGCAUGACAAAGAGGGCAGCAACGUCCUGACUGGUCCCACAAGCAGCGUGUAUGUGAUAGACGAACAUUUCCACCAUCAGGACGGGCUACUCGCAACGGAAGUCUGAGUAGCCGUGCUGGAUAGACUGUCGUCUAAAAAAGCGGAACUCGUGUGGUGUGUGCCUGGUGCCGUUAGUCGGUGUGAAUGUGUUCUCGAGUGACUGAUGUGCUUACUUGAAAGACUUAGCCUUUUCAGCUUAACGAUAUGAAUUGGCUGUUGAAGGGUGAUGAGUGUGAACUUGGUGAAGAAGAGGAGGAAAGCACCUGUACAGUUAUUUAUUUUUUCUGAACUCCUCAAUUGGAAACUGUGCUUUUCCAUCUCCUUCACAGAAAAUGACGCAGGUUCAUCAUAGUACGCCACUGGUUGGUAGUAAGUGAUGUACUAAAUACUGAUCAUUGUAGUGCAACAUUGUAUCAGUAGAUACCAUUGUCACAGUGUAAUCAGUUUACAAGAAAAUGGAAUAAUGAAAUCGUACGGCAGUUUCUCUCUCUCUCUCUCUCUCUCUCUCUCUCUCUCUCUCUCUCUCUCUCUCUCUCUCUCUCUCUCCCCCCCUCUCCCCCUCUUCCCCCCUCUCCCUCCCUCUCCCUCCCCCUCCCUACCUACUCUCUCCCUCCCCCAUUUCUUUCUUUUUCUUUCCAGUCACGGUGAAUCUAAAUAAAUGACUAUGCAACUGAGUAUCGUGUGCGCGAUUAUACGUACAUUAUUUGUGAUUUGUCUGAAAUGAAACUAAGUCAGUAAUGUAAAAACAACUGAACUAUUUAUACAAUUUUUAUUUUAAUUUUUAAAUAAAGGCUUGUUAAUAUUCCAGUUUUCCAAUUUGCCUGUUGACUGAAACUUGAUAAAUCCUUUGUGAGAGUAAUUUGUUCAGUAAAAGAUAGUGUCAUUUUAUAUAAAAAAUUGCAAGAGUAUUUGCCAUUGUUAGUGUGAAGUGGAUACCAGACACUUUUUUGAACAAAGAUACAUGUUCCUGUUACAUUAUUAAAACUAAGUCAUUUUCCAUGUUUUUGGGAUGUCAGCAGAAAGGGAAAUAUUUGUAAAUUUAUAAGGGUUGUGAACCAAUCCUACUUUAGUCACUUUAGAUAAUUUUAGACCUUUCUGCAACACCUAAGACACUAGCAUUGUUGUAAUUUGUACUUACUGUCAUUUGUUUUUGUAAGUUUCGGACGAGUUAGGAAAUGUAAAGACUUUAAAUUUAAAAAUAAGUCAAAAGACCUUUUUGUAUUAUAAUGUAAAUUUAUAGAAUGAACUGUAAUAUUCUGUAAAUAGUUACAAAUUUUCGCUAUAACUGUUCUUUCCUUUAAUUAAAAUGUCAUUUGGCUAUUUUUCCAAG